AUGGCAUUUUGGUGGAAGAAAACGCCCAAGACCGCUUCUGACUAUGCCCGGCUUCUUUCAGAGCAGUUAAACAAGUUUGAAAGUGUUUCGACCGUCGACAACCGCAGGAAGAUCCAGGACGAUUGCAGCCGGUAUUUGGCUGGCACCAAGCAUUUUUUGCUCGGGGAAGUAGAGCCCGAGCCCACUGCAGAGGCCGUGGACGAGCUCUACAGCGCUAUAUACCAGCUGGACCUGUUAUACGACCUGCUGGCCAACUUGGCAGAACUCGAGUUUGAAGCUCGCAAAGACGUGGCAUUGCUUUUCGCCACCUGUUUGCGACAUUCUCGCGAUAACAAGCUGGUCACCGUGGACUAUCUGGUUACGCGACCCAAGAUCGUUUCUUUGAUGCUUCGCACACCGCAAAUGGCGCUCUCCAAGGCGAACUCCAGCGAUUUGUUUCUGAAAGCUGGCUCUAUCAUACUUGAGAGUUUGAAAUACGAACAGCUGUGUCGAAUGAUGCUGCGCGACCCACAGAUCUGGCACUUUUUCGACUUCGCCAAAGGUGGCUCCUUCGAGGUCAGCACUGAGAGUCUUCAAAUACUGACUAGCUUGCUCACUAUUCAUCAAAAGCCCGUGGCAACAGAGUUUUUCAGUCAGCCGGCUAAUAUGCAAAAAUUCAUCGAGAAGAUUAAUAACGUUAUGGCGCAUGGCAGCUACGUGACCAAACGCCAGAGCGUCAAACUCCUACAAUAUCUGAUAAUGAUCAGAGCCUAUAAUCAAUUGCUCACCGCUUACAUCAAUUCGCCUGAGAAUCUGAAGCUUAUCAUGAUCCUGCUUAGCGAUCGAUCUAAGAACUUACAACUGGGAUCCUUUAACAUUUUCAAAGUCUUCGUUGCCAAUCCUCGCAAGUCCAAACCGGUCAUGGAUAUCAUGGUGAAAAACAGAGACAAGCUUUUGCAUUACUUACAGUCUUUCAACACCGAAAGCAAAGACGUCACCUUCCUGGAUGAGAAGGAAUACGUCAUUCAAGAAAUUGAGUCACUACCAAGGCUGGUUUCCCCCAAUAGUGAUUUCCCGUCAGGCACCUCUCCUCAACAUUAA